AUGAUUUGUUCUUGUUCAGUAUCAUAUCAAAUAACCCUUUUGGCAUUUUCAGGAAUUACCAUACAUUGUAUUAAGGGGUUCUUCCGUCGAACAGUGCAGAAGAAUAUGGAGUAUUCGUGUCAUAAAGAAAAAUCGUGCAAAGUGGAUCGAAUCUCGCGAAACAGAUGUCAAAGUUGUCGAUUCGAGAAGUGUUUAAAGGCCGGCAUGAGCAAGGAGUCGGUGAGACAAGACAGAAAUCGCAAGCGAAAGGCAAAGGACGAGACGAAGUUCGUUCAGUUUAUUAACGAAUCAAAUUAUGAGUGCUUUCACGAGCGAUUGAAAUUUAUUUACGCUCAAAUAUAUAUGACACGAAUGCAACAAUACGAGCUGCAUUCACUAGCGAUAUUGGCAAUCGGAGUGCAGAAGUUGAACGAUUUAAAAACGGUAUCGCGGAUAUUGUCCACGACGAGGAGGUGGCGCUUCUGA